CUUAACAUCAUUACCUUUUUCAUCCUGAGACCAAAACCCUGCAUCCCAUACAAACAUAGAGUUUAUCUAAAAGCUUGGAAAUAAAUAACGCACAUGGGUAGACUGCACCUGGUAUGGCCCGCCCCCAGACGGAGAGUGGAGUGGACCACCAUGGCCGGGGCAGACAACACAGCUGCCGUAUGGAGGUCCAGCGGCCAGACACCUGGCCUGGUGGCAGCAACAACCCUCUCCAGGCUGCAUACCACCAGUCCUGCCAACUGCUCCCCAACAUGGACACCCAGCCCAGGCAGGGCUCUCUGCCCCCCCAGCCACAGAGAGAAGCCUCCCCAUCCCCCAGUACCCAUCCACUGGACACCCCCACAAGAGCAAGCACAGACCCAGACAGAGAGCUCCAGGACACCACAGCCAGGGAUCCCCUGCCUGACCUGCUGCCCCAGAGAGAGCGCUCUCCCCAGGCUUCUCCCCAGCACAGAGCCCCUGGAGUAGCGGACCCGCGGUUGGACAACGAGGUGGUGGAAAGAGUGGCCAACCAGCUCAAGAGAAUCGGCGACGACUUGAACGCUACGAUCCUCCAGAGAAUGGGUGGCAUCCCCAACGGCAGGACUGGAGAGGCCUAUGUCUAGGAGUCCUCAACUUCCUCUCGGAUACCCUCAGCAUUCUGUA